CGUUACUUGAACUGUUCAGUUGGACAAAUUAUAGCAGCUGCCUAUAACUUGUUUUUGUAUUCGAUACAUUCUAAAAUUAUAAAAUGGCGUUUUCUAUCAAACAACUGCUGGCUAUAUGCAUUUUGGCCACCUUGGCCUGCACUGGCUAUGCCAUUAAGUGCUACCAAUGCGAGUCGAUCACCAGUCCCAAGUGUGGUGAACACUUUGAGGCCGAUGCCAGAAAUCUGGUGGACUGCUCUCGCUUUGCGCCGCCCAGUUUCCUGCAGAGCUUCUAUCCCGUGCGCAAUGCCACUGGCUGCAUGAAGAAAGUCAUUGAUGUGCCCGGUCGUCCGCAAAUCGUGCGCAGCUGCUACUUUGGUGACAUCAGCCACACGGAGACGGGCUGCCGUGCCGAUCCUGCUCUGCCCUUUGUCAAGCAAAUGAGCUGCGAUGUGUGCGCCAAGGACGAAUGCAAUGGCUCCAGCUCUUUGGCUCCCAUUGCUGGCGCAAUUCUGUUGUUCUUUGGCGUUGCACGUCUCUUGGCCUAAAUCAAGUAUUCUCUCUCUUCAUUCAGAUUAAUCAAGUGUCUGUCAAUUAUUUAAUAUCUAUGUACAAACAACAAAUUUGAAAUCUGCAUAAAUCUUUUUCAACAAAACAAACGC